CCUUUUAAAUUUACUCGGUACUUUACUUUUAAAUUUACUCGGUACCGGAGGGGGGUUAAACCUUUUAAAUUUAAAAUAAGACAUUGAAGUCGAAUUUUGAGACUUGCUACUUUAGUAAAUAAGACCUUUGUACAUUCUAAUUUGCGUCAAAGGCGCAAAAAAAAUAAACGAGUUUGUUUGAACUAGGUUUCGUUACAAACACUAAUGUGAAACCCACGUAUUCAAUCACACAUAUUCGGAUUCGAUUGCAUAUAUAAAAAUGCAUUGAAUAACACCGAAUUAAUGGAAUCCAUCCCAGAUUCGGCACAGCCCUUGUACACGCCCCCAACAAGUAGGGUCUUAAAAAUUAUUAAAAACGCAGGCUGCAGGAAUUGUACAACGUGUGGAUAGCAGAGUAAUUGCUAAAAUUGGGCAGCUAAUUGAUGAAGGUGUUCGCUCCAUCAUGGAAAUGCAAAGGCAUCUGCGAAUAUUCGUACUUCAUGAACUAUUUAAAAAUGCAACACCUCCGCUGCAAAGUAAUAGACGGUUCUUUCCAACAAAGAAGGACAUAAGCAAUCACUAUUACAUUGCAUAUACAAAAAGAAAACUAUCUAAAAUUGACCAAGAAAAUGUGCAGCUGUUGGUAGAUGAAUGGUGCCACAAGUUACCUGAAGAUAACAUUCUCUUUAGACCAUAUGUUGCGUGUGCUCACCCUAAACAAAUAAAUAAAGACAUUGAUGGGGAUGACAUCACUACAAUGGAAGCCAAACAAACAUUGCUGUUUGUAUACCAGACAGCCUGGCAAAAAAGACUUUUACUUCGGUAUGGCCAAGACAUUUGUCUUUUAGAUGCAACUUAUAAGACAUCGAAGUAUGCCCUGCCACUGUUCUUUCUUUGUGUAAAGAGUCUAAAGACCAACGUCAACUAUCAAGUUGUUGCAUGUUUUGCACUCCAAAACGAAUGUCAAGCAGACAUUGAGGAAGCUCUUGAAAUGAUAAAGAUCUGGACACCUGGUUGGAACCCAAAGUUCUUCAUGACUGACAAAUGUGAAGCUGAAAUAAAUGCAGUGGAAGCCACUUUUCAAGAGAUGGGUUUUACUUUACCGAUUGGGAAAGAUGCGAGUGCCAAUUGGUACGAACAACGGGGUUGAGAGACAGAACAAAAUGCUGAAGGAAUGUCACAUGAAAUUUCAAGUUGACAAAUCCUUAUCCGGACUAUUAAAAGUACUUCACUAUGACUUUCUACCAAAGGCAUUGGAAAAAUACACACUCAAAAACACCCAAGCAUCGGAUACAUAUCGAUCAAUGCUUAGAAAUGUCCCAUCAUAUUUGCAUAAUCGGCCACGUAAUGUUAUGCAACAUUGUAUGAAAAGAUUGUAUUUUGCUACAAACAUCUCUGCCGGUGGUAUUACCCGAGUCAACACUUCUUCAUUUACUGUGCGGAGCAGUUGUGGUAAACUAAUGUAUGAUGUUUAUUUGGGAAAUGACUCUGAUUUUCCCAAGUGUACUUGCCCAGAUUUUAAAUAUCAUAUCCUUCCUUGCAAACACAUGUUUGCUAUAUUCAGUAAGUAUAAUGAUGUUUCAUGGGCAUCCUUACCAACAUGGUAUACAGACUCUGUAUAUAUUACCCUUGAUACAGAGGUUAUUACGACACUUGGUGUUUCAGGUACCAACAGGAACCCAACUACUGAGACUACUACUCCGGAGGACCCUGAUUGUAUAGAGUUGUCUUUGGUUGAUCCAGUGGAGGUUCCUGAAGAAAAACCAUCAGUAAUAUCGGAUAAACCAUCCAAACAAACCAUUAAUCAACUGGUUGAAAUGGUUAACAGCAUUAAAGAUACUUUUUAUGAUGUUACUUCACAACAGGCUUUAUUGCAAGCAAAGGAUGCACUACAGUCUGUACAACUAAACUUGAAUAAGUUUUGUAAAGAUGAAGAAGGCAUCAGGGUAGUGAAACCUCCUCUUUCCUUAAAGUUAAAGAAAAGAAAGUUGCCGUCAUCGUUUGUGUGUGAUAAAUUACCACGCAAAUAUCCCAAACCGAACAAAUAUCAGAAUAGACAUGGAGCUGUUGCAGACAGAAUGGUUCCAUUACAUUCUGUAACUGGAUUGCAACCCAAGCAAUCAAAAUUUCCUGUCAGUUGUAACAUCAGCAUACCUAAAAAUGCCAACAGCCAAAAGGUGACAAAUUUUAAAAUUCUUUCAUGCCACAUGACUAAAAAACACUUCACUUACAAAGCUUUACAAUGUGGCCCAUAUUCUGUGACAUAUCUUCAGCUGCUGUCACUAGAGAUAAACAUAAGUUCACAGCAAAAACAGGAAAUAUGGGAAUGUGACAGGCAGUUUCGUGUUGGUUGGCUGUAUGAUCAAAUAAUCGACAGCUAUCUUUGGUGCUUAUGCAAAAAAAACAAGCAAAUCAUGUUUGCUGAUUCAGCUGUGGCCCAAUGUAUGCAGCAAGGCGGAUCACUACGUCGAUUAUGGGCAAACGAGACAUUGGAGAAUAAGAAGUUUAUUUUUAUUCCAUGGAAUCCAAGUAUAAUGCAUUGGGUUUUGCUUGUUGUUGAUAUAAAGAACAAACAAUUGCUAUACUUAGAUCCACAAAGCAGACCACUAUCAAACAUGUUGGAAUACAUGGAAAAAGCAAAAUCGUUUUUAAACAACGUGUUGGAAACAAAAUUUGGUUUUACCAUCACAUCAGUUGAUACAAUGUCAACAAGCCGGACAUUACAAAAAGACUCGAUGAGCUGUGGUGCAAUUAUCUGCAUGUAUGCAAGUUGGCUUGCAGAUGGCAAACCAUUGCUACAGCCAGAUGUUGGGCCUAGAGAAUUCCGCGAGCAUAUUUUAAGCACAAUUGCUCAUGAGUCCCCUCUGGAUAUUGACAUGUGUGGAUCAUGUAGAAAACAGGAUGAUAAUAUUACUGAUUGGGUCCAAUGCACUAAGUGUCCGCAGUGGUUUCAUGUGAACUGCGUUGGGCUAAGCAUUAAAGAGGCAAACUUGAAUAAAUCAUUUGUUUGCCCACCAAAGCAACAAGCUCCCUUGUAA